AUGAAAGAAAAUAUACUGAUUAUUGUUGUUUUCCUAGCUCGACUUCCCUGCUUUGGCCUGGACAUCGGAGGAAGCUUGGUCAAAUUAGUGUACUUUGAGCCAUGCAAUUUACAAAUAAACCGUAAUGGACAAGACAAAGUUGGCUUGGAGGCAAUACAAGAUUUUAUCAAGUCAAAUGUUAAUUAUGGAGAAACAGGAGCUAGAGAUGAAAGGUUGGCAAUGGAAAAUGUGGUUUUGGGAGGAAGAAAAGGACAUUUACAUUUUAUUAGAUUUUCAACUGAUGUGGUGGGAAAAUUUCUUUUACUUGCUGAAGAAUUAAAUGCAUCAGUCCUUAAUGACAAGGUGUGUGCCACUGGUGGAGGAGCAUUCAAAUUUGAAAAGGAUUUUAAAGAGGUAUGUCUUUGUUUUCAGCUAGAUAUUACUUUUUAUUGUUUUUCAAGAGGGCUUGGAAAUGAAUCCUGAAGUCUGAUUAGUGUGAAAAACACCUUUCCUGAAGAGAAACUGUUUUUUUUUCUCCAAUUUUUUCCAGAAGCAACAUCUCACUAAUUAAGCCCUCUGUUCUCAUUAAUCAAUGCUGUUUUAAUUUUCCAAGCCAGCCUUAAAUCUCUGAACGUCUAAACCUUGCAGAUCCUAGGUGUACAACUUGUGAAGUAUGAUGAACUUGAAUGUAUCAUUCAUGGCAUACACUUCAUCAACUCUUCCUGCGUAAAUGAAUGUUACUACUGGAACAACCUGCACUGUUUAGAGAAGUCAGAAAAAGUACCAUAUAACUUUGACUUGAAUCCUUAUCCUUAUAUUGUGGUAAACAUUGGUUCUGGAGUCAGCAUUUUGUUUGUGGAAUCUGCAGAAAAGUUUUCAAGGAUAAGUGGUACCAGGUAAAACUUUCAAUUACUUGCUAUUACUCUGUGACAGUCAUAGGUCUGCCAAAUUGAUAAUUUUGCAAUACCCAUCUUUGCAUUAUUUAUUAUAAUUUGCUUUUACUAAGUGCACCAUCAUAACAACAGAUUGUUGUCAAGAUUGUGGUCUCCAGGGUUCUCAAUAAGUUAGAGAGUUGAUGGCUAACUAAAUGAAGUAAACAGCCAACAAGUCUACAGCUCCUUCCUUGGGUCUCGGCAUGGGGUCUCUUUCUCAUACAAAACAUUAUUUUUUAAAUAUAGAGGCUCUGAAGUGCUAUUUUAUGUAUUGCAGUGAAACCUUUGUUAAGCGACCUCUGCUAAGCCAGGUCCCAAAGUUAACAUCUUAUAUUUCCCUUGUAAUGAACUAAAAUUCAGCAGACACCUCUAUUAAGCAGAAGUGGGCACUAAAAUAAAUUGUAUUUGGCUAAUUUCUAUUGUUAAAAACCUCUGUUAAGCAGACACCUGACUGAAUUGAAAAUGUAGUGUGUAAGAUUACAUCCUUGAAAUAGUCAAUUAAAUGUAAUCCAUCCAAAAGAAAGAGUGAAUGUACCCUGUGUAUUAUCAUGGCUGUUUUGCUGUUAUGUUUUUGCAUUAUUACCUACAAAUUAAGGUAAUGAACUUGAACUCUGCAUAGCUUUGUUAACAACAUGGAACUUUAUCACAGUACAAAGUAAAACAUAAAUUGUUAAUCAUUAACAAAUAUAGCACAAUUUUUACAAACCUCAUUUAAGUGGACACCCUUUAUUAAGUGGACACUUGGGAAGGUCCCAAGGGUGUCCACUUAACAGAGGUCUCACUGUAUUUUUGAGGUAAAUGCCAGGAAAUAUGGCAGUUGGUUGGCUAGGUAAGCAUGCUGAAGGAAGAGAUUGGAAGAGUGCUCAGUCAGUGAGAGAAUGUAAAAGCAAAUAACAUGUUUUUGUUCAGUACAAGAAUGGCUUUAAGAAAAUUAUUUGUUCGUGAAAUUUAUUGUAGCAGUGACUUGUUUUAGUUUUUAUAAUUACAGUUUACUGUUCACAACCACACACAUUGCUUCAUCAAAAGUAGGCAGCUCAGAAAUCAGCUAGCUGGUUUUCCAGCUGAUGGCCAUCACUUAUUGAGAACCCUGGGUUUCAAACUUCCAGUGGCAGCAGCACUAAUUCACCCUCAAACUCCCAGAAAUGAUCAAAACAUGUUUAACAUGUAACUUCUCUUUCAAAAGAGAAAUGUAAUCAUUUGUCUCAUGAUGCAGUCACUUUGGAUGCGGAUCACAAUGUUUUGACUGCAUAGUGCUAGUCUUCUUUAGGUGCUUUAAGAAGUCUAGCAGUAUGCAGUCAAAACAGUGUGAUCCACAUCCAAAGUGAUCACAUUGUGAGACAAACAAUUAUAUCUCUUUUUUGAAAGAUCCUGGUCUUCAUUGCCUGAAGAAGAGUAGCAGUAUACUGUUGAAAUGCUGGGAUCCACAUCCAAUGUGACCACAUUGUGAGACAAAUGAUUAUAUUUCUCUUUUGAAAGUGUUAUUUACCACAAUUGCUGACAAAAACCCAUUUUACAAAGUAACUUCUCCCUAUAAAAUCCAUGCAUUAUCAAGCAAAAAAGUAAAAGUAGAAUAUUAAAACUUAUCAGAUCAGACUUAUCUGGUUCUAAUACCAAAUUCUUGUAACUAAUUUAAGGAAAUGUGUAACAGCUAGAGGAGAGAAUUAACAGACAGAUCUUGGGAGUUAAAGGGUCAAAGGACACAUUGAUAUUAGAGAAUUAGGUCAGAAGCAUGUUAGUUGUGUAAUUGGUGAUGAAAGAUAGGAUUUUUUUUGUAGAUCAAAGGCUAACUUCUUUUGAACAAAAUUGUCUUCCUUUAGUCUUGGAGGUGGAACAUUUCUAGGCCUUUGUUGCUUGUUAACUGGCUGCUCGUCAUUUGAUGAAGCUCUUUCCAUGGCUGAAGAGGGUGACAGCACAAAAGUUGAUAAACUGGUGCGAGAUAUCUAUGGUGGGGACUAUUCUAAGUUUGGUUUACAAGGAGAUACAGUUGCAAGCAGGUAUAUCUCUUAUGAACAAGAAUAAGCGAGUGAGAAUUUGUGAAAUUUUACUUGCUACAAAUUCUCAAAUUAAUUCAGGCUUCCAUAUUCCACAAAGCAACAACAGUGAUCUCCUACAUAAGAUGCCAGUUAACCCUUGAACUCCCAAAAGUGAUUAACAUGUAACUUCUCCCUACAAUAUUCCUACAAUUUCUAGCAAACAGGUAAUGAGAAUACUCAAACUUAUCAGGUAAAUGUUGUUAUCUUGAUCUAAACCCAAAUUCUCAUAACCAGUUAACAAGGAAGCAUAAAGCAUCUUUAAAGGAGAAUUCACAAUCAGUUCUUGGGAGUUAAAGGGGUAAUACACAAUUUUGUGUUUUAUUAGUAUUUUAAUUAUUUAUUCACCUAGUAAUAAGUCCUACAAAUUAAUAAUCAUUAUGUGUCAUUUCAUUUUAAUGUGAAAUUCUGUUUUAUUAAGUUUUGGGAAGAUGUGCUGUGAACAGAACAGAUCUGCAGUGAGCAAAAAUGAUUUAGCAAGAGCCAUGCUUAUCACCAUAACUAACAACAUUGGUUCAAUUGCAAGAAUGUGUGCUGUCAAUCAUGUGAGUGUUGUUAAGUGAAACAGUGUUGUCGUGUGUGUUUCAUACACCAACUGUGGCAGUUUAAUGUAGUAUUGGACCUAGAGACAAAGAGGAGGUGGUGAACAACCUCUAACCUAAGGAGAAAUAGAAGGGAGGGGAGGGUACAGCUACAUAUAGGCUAAAAAACCUCUGGGGUGUUUUACUAGUCAUGAGGAUAUUAAAUUUUGUUUGUAACAUUUUCAGAAGGUAGAAUGUGUGGUAUUUGUGGGCAACUUCCUUCGCUGUAACACAAUAGCCAUGAAGCUGCUUGCUUAUGCAAUGGAUUAUUGGUCCAAAGGAACAAUGAAAGCUCUAUUUCUGACGCAUGAGGUAGGCCUUUCUAUGUUGCUUUUGAAUCUUGACUUGAAUUUAUUUUACACAACUAACCAAACCAAAAAAUAACAAAAAAACAAACAAACAGUAAUACCAUAGACGCAAGUGGAAUAAAGUUAUGGAAUAAUGACUCUAUAAUUUGUAUCAUGAUGACUACAGUUUAUAUAGUAAACUGAAUAGCAGAACUUUAAUUGGUUCUUAUGUAUGAUCUAUUGGAGGUCAUAUACUUAGAUGACAUCAUCAUACACAACAUUUUGCUUUGUCAUCACAAAAAACAAAAAUAUUCCAUGUUGCUGUGGUUCUGGACAGUAGUAGAUAACAGAUGGUGGCAAUGUCAGUGACACAGUCAGCUGCACCUUGUGUGCCAAUUUUUUUGUUCUUUCUACAUUUUGAUGUUAACUAUGAUCUAUUACUGAUCAGAGGCAUGGCAACAUGGGAUCUAUUUGUUAAUGCAAUUUACAGGGAAGAAUUAGAAUUUUAAGAACCUGUGAAUGAGCUGUAGAUUAAAGAUAAAGUACAAAUCAGAAAAGAAAAAUAGUAAUCAUUAAAUGAAGUCUUUUAAAGGAUAUGCUUUUAUGGUAAUGAUUCCAUUAAGCACCCUUCAUUUGUUCCAAUAAACAUCCAGUCACUGGUAAGUGCCCCCCCCUCUUGCCUCGAGUUUGUUUUUGUAAUAAGCAACCCUAAACAUCCUCAUUCCAAUGGGCAGUCUAAGAAGUGCCCCCUAUUCUGUUUCAGUGAUAGCAAUUUCUCAACCAUUAUUAUGUGAAUAAUUAUUGUGUAUAUUUGUUUGUAUUCAAAUAAACACAAAAGCUUUGUUCUUCCCAUUCUACUGUUUCUCAAACCAGAAAUGAGUGCACUUGUAAUAAAUUCCCGUCCUUGAGGUACCAAAUGGUCAUAAGUGCUUUAGGCUCUAAUCAAAUCAGUCAUGGAAGAAUGCACCAAUGAAUAUGAAAUUAAAAAGACUAUUAAAUAAAAAAAUAUGAUGUACAAUUGUUCGUAGUAAUUUAUUUUAAAUUGUUGUUUGUAGGGUUAUUUUGGUGCCGUUGGUGCUUUGCUUGAACUUAAAACAAGAAUGAAAAGUGACAAAGAUUGCCAAAUCACCACUUGA